UACUAUACUAGUAGCAACACUAAUUGUACAAUUAUACAAAGCAUUUUAAAAUACAGCAAUACAUUUUUUCAUCAGAGGUCACCUAUAAUAAAACAAUACAAUACAAAUUUAUGCAGUAUAAAAAUCAUCUAUGAAAAGAUGAAUCAUCUCUAAAGAUGAACUUUAGAUUAAAAGAUUUAGCUAAUUAGAAAAAAACGUGUCAGAUAUUAAAUAAAUUAAACUAGUAUUACUUACUAACAAAUAUUUUUAUAGUGACACAAAGGUUUGGUUUAUUUUUAGUGAGACAGUUGACAACGGUUGCUUCACCAUGUGACCCGAAUGCGUUCGACGUAAACCGGUCACGUGAUCGCACGCGGAAGUUUGUGACAGACGUCUCUGCUCUGAAAGUGUUGCUUCUUUAACAUAAUUCGUAUUUAAUGGACUUCAUACGCGACGCCAUGAGUCAGGACUGCGUCCAAAGGCUGCAGAGCGCAACUGGAGAAAAGCUCCGAAGGUUUGACCGUCUGCGAGGUCGGGAGGUGCAGCCCGGUGAGUUCUGGGACGUGGUGGCUGUGACUGCUGCCGACGAGAACCAGAGAGCGGCUUAUGAGCUGCAGAUCAGUCAUAAAGUUGCCAGGAAGGAGCUUCCUCUUGGGAUUGACUACAAGGUCUUCUCGGACCCCCCCGGCUAUAAAAUAGGGAACGGGGGCUCCACUCUGUACACACUGCAGCAGCUGAAUGACAUCUAUGGGAAGACUCUGGGCAAACUGAGAAUCAUCCUCAUCCACGCAGGAGGGUUCAGUCAGCGCUUGCCCAGUGCCAGUGCCCUGGGGAAGAUCUUCACUGCCGUUCCGCUGGGUGACCCUUUGUACCAGAUGCUUGAGCUCAAACUGGCACUCUAUGUGGAUUUCCCACCUGAAAUGAAGCCUGGCCUGCUGGUGACCUGUGCCGAUGAUAUAGAGCUGUACAGUACGGCAGAGGACGAGGUUGUUAGGUUUAAUAAACCUGGCUUCACAGCGUUGGCCCACCCCUCCCCGCUCUCUAUUGGAACAACCCACGGCGUGUUUGUUUUGGAUUUACAUGAAAAGUCCACUAUCUCGGAAAUGCAGACCACGUCCUGCCUGCAUUUCCUGCAUAAGCCAAGCAUUGAUGAAAUGCGAGACCGCGGGGCUGUUUUCAAGCGGCAGAGUGGUUGCUUCUCUCUCUCCGACACCGAGUUUGUCUACACGGACAGCACCUAUUAUGUGGACUUUGAUACUGUCAAAUCCCUCCUUAAUCUGCUACAGGAACUGGGAACUUUGCAUUGUGAGAUAGAUGCAUACGGGGACUUUCUUCAAGCACUGGGACCCAAAGCUACUAUAGAUUACACCAACAACACUGCUAACGUCACCAAAGAAGAGACAGGUCUUGUGGAAGCUCGCCAAAAAAUCUUCCAUUUACUCAAAGGAACUCCCUUAAAUGUCAUCCUCCUGAACAACUCCAAGUUCUACCAUAUUGGAACCGCACCUGAAUACCUCUUUCACCUCACCGAGGAUGAGGCCCUGAGGAGGGAGCUGGGUCUCCUCUCCUGUGCCUUCAGUGCACUGGACCCUGAAGGCGUUUCUGGCAGCUGUGUCAUGCACAGCGUCCUCGACCCCGGCUGUUCGGUGGGGGCUGGCUCCGUGGUGGAGUUCUGCAGGCUCGGGUCCGGGGUUUCUAUAGGCAAAGGCAGCAUCGUCAGCAGCUGCGGGGUCCGUGCAGGCCUCUCCGUGCCCGACGGGGUCUUCAUACAUUCGCUGUGUGUGAACCACCGGGGCCGCGCUGGCUUCGUGACCGUCUUCUUUGGGGUCAGCGACAACCUGAAGCACAGCGUGGGCGCUCCCGCCCACGCGGACGGGCUGACGCUGUUGGGCUCCAGCCUUGCAGAGUGUCUGUCCCGCUGGCAGAUGGAGCGGGAGGCCCUGAGCUUCUCCGGGGACGCGUCCUGCUGCAGCCUGUGGAACGCCCGGCUCUUCCCCGUCUUCGCCGACCGACACAGCUCCUUCUCGACGUCGCUGGAGAUGCUGCAGGCCGCCGCGCGCCGCUCCACGGCCGCUUUGCCCGCAGACACAGCGCUGGUGUCCAUGCAGGAGUGCUUGCAGUGUAAAAACCUGGAGGAGAUGCUGGCGUUCAGAAUGGGACUCUGCAAAGACAUCACACAGAGGCGGCUGAACACGGAGAGCAGCCGAGGCGACGUAGCGACGUAGCAAUAACUGCACUUGGAAGUAAUAAAAUAUGAGAUAAGAAAUAUGUUUAAUAUAGAAAUAUCUUUUGAUAAUUAAAAACCCAGUGCUAUAAUAUCUAAUAAAGGCCUUUAUUCUGAUCAUA